GCCAAACAGAAUGCUCCAGAAACAGUAGCCCCAAAUUCUUCUUCUGCUUAUUCAUAAGCAAAAAAAUAAAUGACGGAGAGAAAGUCGGCGAGAAAGUGAGGGAAAGUUGCAGACUUGGCAGCAGUGGAGAUGAGCAGCGAGGCUAAAACCAAUGGGAGAACUGGUGGAGGAGCAGGAGGAGGAAAAGUGGGGGGUUUUAGGGCGAGAAUGGAUCACUACCUCUACAGUGGGGACAAAAAGCACGUCUUGGCGGGCAUCGCUGUUAUCAGCCUCGUCUUCGGCAUCCCUUGGGUUCUCAUGAACCGAGGAUCAAAGCAUCAGUCUCAUCAAGAUUACUUGGAAAAGGCUGAUAAAGCUAGGAGUGAAAGACUUUCUUCAGGUUCACCACCUGCUAAAUGAUUAGAAAGCUUUUUUUGAAGGCUGUAGUUUUGAUGUGAGCAUUUUGAGAAAGUUAUUAUACUUUUGGUGAACAUAAUACUUCUUUUGUUGCUUGGAACUUUUUUUCCACCCUCUUGCAAUAUUUUUUGCAGAAGAAUGUCUUCUUAAUCUUA